AUGGCGGAGCCGCUGGCUCAAGACGUAUACGAGGAGUUGGUGAAGAAUGAGGUGGCUCUGAAGCUGUAUCAGGACAGCAAUAGGGAGCGGCUGCAGAUCGGGCUGAUGAUGGAGCUGGUAGAAGAGUCCCCGUCAGGUUUCUUGUCGGGCCUGGUCAAAUCACGAAAGGCAAAGACGGAGAUACAUGAGCUCCUUUUCAGCGGAAAGCAUUGUAAGGGUGCGAGAGAGAUUUUGAAGGCGGCAUCAAAGUAUUUCAGUGAAGCAUAUGCGGCCUCACCACAGCUAGAGCCCACCGAGCCGUGGCCAGUUGAGGUCGGACGUAAGUUACAGGAGACGGACCGAGGCAAACUCAGCACACCAUGGACGGAACAGGAGGUGACGGAGGCGCUUAGGGGUCUCCCCUCUGGAAAGGCUCCAGGGGAAGACGGGUUGCCAAAAGAGUUCUUCGAACGGAACUGGGACUUGCUGGGGCCGGCGGUGAUGAGGGAGGUCAAGGCUUUCGAGAAAACGGCGGUGUUCUCGGAAGCUUUCACGACGGCAGUGACCAUACUCCUACAUAAGAAAGGGGACAGAGCGGUGUUAAGCAACUACAGACCAAUUACACCCUUAAGCUUUUUCUACAAGCUGCUGGCGAAGGUGCUGGCGAAUAGAAUCAAGAAGGUGCUUCCGCGGGUGAUCUCUCUGAACCAAUUCGGUUUCCUCCCUGGCAGAAGCCUGAAGGACGCUGACUCUCUGGUUGCAGACGUAAUCGAUGCGGCGGCGGAAGAGGACGAGGACUGGCUGCUACUGCUCGUGGAUUUCUAG